AUACAACGUUUGGUAUGUGUGAUUGUGUAUGUCGCAUCAGCUAAAAGCUGAGACAAAACAAUCUCAACUCAACUAUCUCAACAAUCACAACUAAAAGUUGAGAUAUAACAAUCACUCAAAAUGAGUGAUAGUUUCUGUCACAUCACAGAAACAAUCUAUGUAUUGUUUCUGCUAAAAAAAAAAACAAAAAAAAACGAUGCACUUUAAACAUUACAUGCAUAAUGACAAUCUCAAUAAAACUAUCGCAACUUCCAAACGACCCCAAGUUGCAGACUUACAGGCCAAGCUGUGUGGCACCAAUUUGAGGUUUGUGCAGGGUUCAAUGUUUCAUCAACUAGCAUAGUACAUUGACUUACGUACCCUCUAAUGGUCAAACCUGAAAAUGGAAAGCAGUUAAGUUAAGAUGUGGGAGAGAGAGAGAGAAUGGAACAGUACAAAAAUAUGGAAGAGUUUUAGUUGUUGGAUCUCAAUGCAUUGUAUAUAUAUAAUAUAUAUGGAUUUCUUUGAUUAGUGAAAGUCAACAGUGGAUGGUUAGGUUAGGGUUUGAGUGGACCAAGAAGCUCGAACUGCUACACUGAAUAAUUUAUGAGUAUCUAAACAUGUGCAGACUGCAGGAGUUGUGACAAUUGUCCUGAUGCUGUGAAUAGAGUGUAUCCAAGUGCAAGUCACUGAGUGGACAUCUGGUUUCGUGGUGUAGUUGGUUAUCACGUCAGUCUAACACACUGAAGGUCUCCGGUUCGAACCCGGGCGAAGCCAUUAUUUUUCGUAAUCAAUAUGAAUCUCAAAUCAAAGUUUGCGAUUGAUUACCUUACGCGCGUUUGUAAUUUUUGCUAGUUUGUUAAUUCACACUAAUACGAAUCUUGUAUCGCAUAUAACUUAUAUACUCCGGAAAUCUUGCUAGUUUGUUAAUUCACACUCAUACGAAUCUCGUAUCGCAUAUAACUUAUAUACUCCGGAAAAUCGAUACUCUCACAUAGUAGAAAUCUCAGGAACAAAUGAGAUGUUUGUAUCUACUAGUCCACCCUACCCUUCCAAAGGUAUUUUGUCAUUGUGGCUGUGGAUUGUGCAUUUGGUGUUAUUGUGUUGGGUAGCGUGAAAGGCAACUGAGAUUCCUUGGACACUCAUAUACAAACAUACAGCGAGUUAAAAAAGGAAAAAACCCUUCACCAAAUCCACAUAAUUGGAUUUCUCUGUUUUUUUUUAAAUAAACUUACGAUUCCAAUAAUAAUUAGGGUAGUAGGAGUUGUUCAGAUCCCCUACACUGAUGAAUUUUGCCUCAAUUAUUGACCAAUUUAUUGUUUUCUGCACAUUUUGGAUCUUCCAUGGAGGGACACUGGUCAGUAGCCACAUGACAGUGGAGUGGAUAAUAAACAAAUUGCUCCUCCAUUCCAAUUUACUGUUCAGCUACCCUGAAUUUAUGAUUUGACUAUAGGGACUGUGAACUGUACUUGCUUAGAGAGUAAAUGAGGUUAGGCUAGGUCAAUCAUUUUUAGUAAAUGUGGUUCUUGUGUUAGGACUGUCAAUACAAAAUCGAACGUCAAUAGCGUGGUUACUGGUUAAUCGUACACCACAUAAAAAGGGUCUUUUAAAAAGGAACAGUCCGACUCUCUGAGGGCCCGAGUUCAGCUUGACCCAAAUGAAAAUACGUAUCCAACCCUUCUAAUCCAGACCCAACUAUUCCUCUUCGAUUUCAUCGGGUUCCUUUUGUGUCUAAUUUGUUGGGUUCCAUUUCAAUUUUUCAUCACCCGAAGACUGCUGCCGCUCAAGGUCCGACCAUGAUUAUGCUGCGUUUCUGCCGAAUAGGUGAUGCGGGGUUUACUAGAUUUACCUGUCAUUUCUUAGUGUCGUUGGAUGGUCAGAUGAAUGGAUUGUUUCGGAUUUUGCAUGUCUGGUUCCUUGUUUUUUUGGUCAUUAGGUAAUGCGAGUUUUAUAUAUGGUAACAACGGGUAAUUGUUACCUGUAUAAUGCGAUUAAUGAGUAACAGCUAACUGCACGCGAUGCAUAUAUGGUAAUGGUUGGCAUAUCCCGCUCUAAAAUGGGUAUGAGUAACAUCCCUAAAUAGUACGAGAAACCGUAGCUGCAGUGAUUGACACCCCCUAGUACUCUGGAUUGUUAUAUUAGUAAUUGUAAAGGAAAAUAAUGUUUAUGGGAUGUGCCCUUCUUUUAAUGAAAAGUACACUUUUAAAGGAUAAAAGUGAGAAAGAGAGACAACAAUACUAACUGAACAGUCGCAAACAGUCACAUAUAAAAACUGAGGUCGUACAAUCGUUCAUUUUCGAAUGAUUGCUUACGUCACAUCUAACAAAAAAAUACAAGUAUUGUGCAUGCAAAAAAAAUAUAUAUCGUAUUCUAAAAAAUACAGACAUUGUAUUCUAAAAAAAUACAGACAUUGUAAGUUUGUAACAAUCUCACUAACCCAAUCCUAAAACCCAAACCACCCUCUCAUUGUUAAACUGUAAUCGAAGGUCAAAAUCGGUAAUUUGACCUAAGCAAAACCAGUGAUGGCAGCCACGUCGCCGAUAGUGAAGUCUCAUUAAGAUUUAAGAGGGUGUAGCACCAAACCAACAAAAUUGUACGUUAAUUUGACAAUAAAUGACUCAAAUUGGAAAUAAACAAACGUUUAGGUAUCAAACUGUCCAUAUAAGCAAAAUUACGGGACACAUUCGCAACUUCUCCAUUUCUUCACAGAAAAAGGUCGAAAGUGAAAUCCAUCUCCUCCUUUCCCUUUCCCCGGACCAUCAGAGACAGACAGACAGCAAAAGGCAGAGGAAGGAAGGGCUUUACGGUCAUUCUCCCUAGACACUGAUCGGCGACAAUGGCUUGCAGAGUUGGCAAUGUCCAUUCUGCAGCUUCACCACCAGCUUCCAUUCCAUUCUCCUCCUUCUUCCCCACUCUCGCUUUCAGCAGUUAAGCUGCUCCAAUCCCUUCACCCACCUCCACAGCUCCCCGCGCGCUCUCUCUCUCUGUCUCACUUAACUGCACCUCCAAGCUCUCUCUCUCUCUCUCUCUCUCUCUCUCUUUCUCUUCAUUCAGAAAGCUCAAUUCAAUACUCCCUCUCUCUCACUCCUGCUGCUCGUCCUUCUCCGACGAAGCUGCCUGCCGCUGGAGAGAAGAGAUAGAGAGGGAGAAUGCCGUUGGUUAGGUUUGGAGUGAGGAACGAGUACUCGUUGGGCCAGCCGGAGCUCUACACGGAGGUUGACCGCGAGGACCCCAAGGCCGUGCUCGACGGCGUUGCGGUUGCCGGUCUCGUCGGGAUCUUGCGUCAAUUAGGCGAUCUCGCUGAGUUUGCAGCAGAGGUGUUUCAUGGCUUACAGGAGCAAGUCACAAGUACAGCUUCUCGGAGUCACAGAUUGAAGGUCCGUGUGCAGAACAUUGAAGCGGCGUUGCCUCCUAUUGAGAAGGCCAUAUUGGCUCAGAAUAGCCACAUCCAUUUUGCUUACACGGCUGGUUCCGAAUGGCAUCCUCGCAUCCAGAAUGAGCAAAAUCACUUCAUCUACAAUGACUUGCCCCGUUUUAUCAUGGAUUCUUAUGAAGAAAGCCGUGAUCCACCACGCCUGCAUUUGCUUGACAAAUUUGACACUGGUGGUCCAGGAUCAUGUUUGAAGAGGUAUUCUGAUCCAACCUUCUUCAGAAGAGCAUCAGGUAGCUUGAGGGAAACAGGUGGCGAGAAAGUUCAAAGAGAUAAGAAGGCUCGUAAAAUCAAGAAAAAGAGAUCAUUACAAAGGAAAGGAAGCUCAUUGCGUAAUGGGUCAAUCUCAAGUCAAAGCACCAGAUUUCAGUUUUUCCCGUCAGCUGGUAAUGGAAGGACUUCUCCUUCCCACACAGCCUCUUCUAUUGACAUGACAUUAAAGUCUGAUCUUGGGGAUCGCUCAAAUUCUUUCGAUUCAAGAACUGGAUCUAGUCAUAUUGAAUGUGUUUUCCGUCCCAGUUCCUCCAUGCAACCUGAGGAACAGGAGGAAUCCGUUGAAUUCUGUUCAAGGUCUUUCCAGCAAGAUGAUGAUAUCCAUGAGUGCAGCUUUACUGGUGAACAGCCUGGAGUUGCUGAUGAUAAUUUUCUACACCCUUCAUCACCAGAGCAGGUUCCUCCUCGUUCCUCUUGUGUUACUUGGGAUGAGAAGGAGGAAAUAUCAGAGGCCAAAAGUCAACACUCCGAAGGAGAUGAAGCUCCAGCAGAUAUAUUGGGUGCAGAUUCUGUCGCAGAAGAUAUACAAGAAUCAAGAGCCGUUGCUGAGAUUCACAUUCCAAAAGGCGUUCCAUUUGAGGAUGAGAAUAUUCGAGGGCCAAGUUCCAUUUUCACUCAGCUUUAUGAUGUUGAGAGUGAACCUGACAACUUCAUGGAUGCUCUUAAUACCAUCGACACUGAAUCUGAAACUGAUGUUGAUUAUCAGACAAAACAUGAAGUGAAACAAGGUGAAUCAUUAUCUACCAGUAAUGGUGGAAGGACAGAAGAUGUGCUUAAUGUGUUGUCUGCAGUUGAUACCUCAGAUCAUCGUCAUCCACAAAUUGAUGAUCACACUCCAUCCGAUACUUCUUCAUGCAAUGAAAUGGCUGCUGAUGUAUUUGUCUCAGUCCCCUCAGUUAGUCCUGCUGAGGAACGAGCUCCUGAGGUUCCUGAAGUAUCAUCUUCUGCCUCCGAUUCUGAAUCAGGUACACUAGCUUCUACGUCUAUUGAUCCUCCGGAUGGCUCAAAAGAAGUGGAAUCUGCUGUUUUCGACCGGCCAUCAUCUGGGAUUGCAGUGCCGGAAAUACAGGAGCUGUUGCCUGAUGAAGUGCUAAACAGUCCCGACAAGCCUCAAGAAUCUCCAGUUCCCGAGUUAUCCCGUGUUGAAUCAAUUAAGAUCUGGACCAAUGGUGGACUCUUAGGACUUGAGCCAUCAAAGCCUCCUGAUUUCAAUAUGUCAAAUACUGAUCGUCAUGGUUCAGAAACAAGUACAACUGAGGCGACAAACUCUCCAAUGCCAAUUAAUAAUGGUGACACGAGAAAGCUAAACAAAGAUGGCGAAUGUAUAGAAAUACUUGCUGGUCCCAGAAGUCCUGCAUCAUGGCAUGAUGAUAAUGUUGCCAAAGCUGAUAAACAUUCAAGUGAUUCUCACUGCAGAAGUAGAUUCCACCCAUAUGGUGGUGGGUUAACUUCUACUGGGUUGCCACUUAGCACAAAUGUCAAACCUACAUCUGAAGAAGCAAGUCACGAGGAUGACGAACACUCAUCUCACAUUUUUGGGCUUGGCCAAAGGCUACUUGCUAAUGGAUUUCGAAAAAAGAUAUCACUUGUGCCUUCUUGUGAACCUGAGAUGCCUAACUCAUCCCCUCAACAGAGUAAGCAACCUUUUGUUAAGUUUCAAGCAAGUCCACUUGACGUGCGGUUUGGUCAUAAAUCUGCAGAUUAUCAUCUUACAUCUUCACCGCCGCUAGAACACAUGAAAAUAUCUUUCCAGCCUACCAAUGAUUUUGAAGCUUUUUCGAAGCUGAAACUCAAAUUCCCUGAUGGUAGUAACUACUGCAGUGAAAGCAGUAGCAGCAGGGAUGUGUUUCCAUCAUUCCAGUUGGUUCCUGAGGCAGUUGCAACUGGAAGAAACGACGUGGCUUCUGACUCGGAUGAUGAUGAUGACACUUUCUGCAGAUCAUCUCCUUACAUGUCAGACGAUGAUGGUCUCAGCCGGCAUUCUGAUAUGGAUUCAGAAGACCACUGGGAAGCUGGCGGGUCCCCAGAAAGCGUUGAUGAUGUGAUUCCGUCAGCUGAGGAAACUGCACAUGCUGAGAAUGACGGUGCUGUUUCAUGCCUCUCUGCUACUGUACUUGACCUUCCUAGUUUUGAUGAUGUAAAGCCCCCUCACCAGGAAGUAAGACAGGAAGAUUUUGACCCAUUGAGUUCCUUGGAGCUGUUGCAGCAUCCCAAAGCAUCGAGUCCAUUGCCGCCUCCUCUCCCUCCAGCUCAAUGGCGGCUUUCAAACCCCAUUUCUGAACCUCAAGCUACAUUUGAUGCUCAUCAACCUAAACCAGCCCCUGUUAUGACUCAGCAAUCUAAACCAGCUCCUGCUAGUGAACAACAGCAGUCUCAGGUUGUCGUUCCAUUUAAGGUGAAGAGCAAGGAUGAACAGAAGUUGAAUUGGGUGAAGGAAGCUAAUCAACCUGCAAAUGGCAAGGUGAUGGAUGAACAUGAUGAUUUCUUGCACCAAAUUAGAUCGAAGUCAUUCUCUCUGAGACCCACGGCCCCAUCAAAGACGCUGGUGUCCGAAACGACUGCAAACAAUAGAGUGACGGAGAUCUUGAAGAAGGCCAAUGCAAUACGCCAGGCAGUUGCAAGUGACGUGGACGACGAUGAUGCGUGGAGCGACAACCCUUGAUCAUCGCGUCAUUUCCUCGGGGAGAGAGAGAGGAGGCGGUAACAUGUAUGUGAAUAAUUUGUUUGUUUUUACUUUUUGCCUUGAUCGGUGUAAUUAAGUGAAUCCGGUAGCACGGCCUUUAAGUGUUUGCAUUGCUGCCUCCUCUUAUAGACGAAAUUUGAGAUUAGAGAGAGUAGGAAGCAAUGCCAGUCAUGUAAUUUCCCCCCAGUAAGUUGGCUGUUGUUCUGCAAAAGGAGGAUGUUUCCCUCACCUCGGUCGCAUUGAUGCAGGAGCUGCUGCAGUGGUUUCCUGGGAAUGGUGAAUCAUGAAUGUAAAGAGGGAAUUGUGGGUUCCUUUGGAUGGUGAAAUGGAAUUGCAGCAGUUGAUAGAUGAAUGAUGAAGCUUUGGCUUGGCAUAGGAGCUGCUCGACAUCCUCCCCCUCUUCAAUCUGUUAUAUCUCAGUUUCUUUUCCUGUUCACCAUAGUGCUCUUGUUUCCUACCUCUUCUCUUGUUAUAGAUGAACGUUUGUGUUCUUUUGGGUUCUCUCGGAACCUUUUUGAGUAUUUUGUAUGUAUUCCUUUGAUGGUCCAGGAAAUAAUAAUACGGUAUCAUCCUUAUAUAUAUAAGAAAAAAAAGUUGGCUGUAUGUAUUCCAUUCAUUGACUGACUCCUUGUUUUCAAGUAGGUUCAAAAGAGUAAGCUAGGGGUGAGUAUGAGUCGAUUCGGUACAGAAUCAGAUCAAGUCGAGAUAGGAUCAAUCAAGUUCAAAAUACGCGGAGGUGAGAGUCAAAUCUAAAGGGCACAUUUUGAAACGAUUUGGUUCAUUCCAAUUGCAAUCUCAAUAACUUUUACUUCAUAUAUAAUUAAAUAUAUUACAAAUUGACUCAAAUUAUAUUUGAUCCAAUUCGAUCUACCUAUCAAACACUAAAUAAUAGUCAUAGACGGUGGUACUCAUAAAACCAGAAUAAUGGAAAGGGCAGUUUCUUGCGGAGAAUCUUUAAACAGAACCAGAACAUUGUUAAAAAAAAAAAAGAACAAUGAUCCUUUUUUAAAAAUAUCAGCAGAACCAUUCUUUUCCGUUUCAAAGAAAAACAAAUUAGUUUACAUUAAGAACACCAAAUCUCAUAAUACUUUUUUUUUUUUGGUGGAAAUCUCAUAAUACUUUAAUGAUCAUUUGGAGUAGUCUAACCUUAUUAGCUUGUUAAUUAAAAAGUUCAAUUUUCUUUCUUCGCCCAAGAAUCUCGGGGAAGAAACUUUAUUCCCGGCUAAAAAAACGCGACAUGAGUUGACAAAAAUGAGUACUAUAUAUAACUAUACUACCAUCCCUUUGCUUAAUACUAUUUUAUUUAUCAUAAUUAUACCAUAACACAAACAGAUCGGACAGGUUGAUUCAAAGAAAACUUGGUUUUGUUUGUAAAAGCAAUUAUUUUUCUUUUUUUAGUUCUUGCAAUUUGGAAACAUCUGACUGAAAUUUAGUUUUUAUUUAUUUAUACAAAGAACCUCUUUGACGAGCAGCAGAUUCAGUGAUAUUGCAGUCAGGUAAAAUCCGAAGUUGUUGUCCUUCAGCUCAAAUGAAACUGAGGGUGCAACUCAAGGAUUUUAUGCACCAAGUGGUUGAUGGCAGGGAACACCCGACCUUGCGUGUGUCGAACCAUCUACCCUACCAGCUGGAGUGCUGGACUACCCCUCUUUUGCUUGUGUAUAGUAAAAUUUGGCUCCUUAAUUUUGAGUAGAAUCAUAUCUAAGUACGAGAUUAAUAUCGUUUUCAAUUUUUCUAAUCAACUUAAUAUUUUUUAAACUCAAAUUUUGUUUAUUUUACAGAAAGCGAGUUCAUUGUGUACAAAAAUAAACGUCUUCAAAAAGCGAUGGAAUUUUCACUCCCUGUCAGUCAUGCAACUAAGUCCCGACAUCUUUAUCUUUAAUUUUGAAAAGUGUUUGUGACUAAUCAAUCAGAAAGAGACCUUUGAUUAUUAUACUGGAAGAGGACUUCCAAAGCAUCGAGAAAGAAAAGUGCAUCCCUCCUUUUCAAGCAAAAGGAAGAAGAAAGAAAAAGCAGAAUUCAUAAGAGAAUUGAAAACCUUGUUAUUUAAAAAGUGAGAGUUGGAAAUGGAGCAACUUCUACUUUUAUAUAUUUAAUUUAAUUCAUGAUUGUCUCCUGUUCAAUAGCUAAAGGAUUGAUUAAAAAACCAAGUAUUGAAACACCGUAUCGGAGGUUGUAUCGGAAAAGUAAGUGGUCAGGUAUUUUAUGCUAAAAUCAUGGUUUAACCAUGGUUCAACUGCUUAAUACCGCUAAAUAUCGCUGGUACGAUACAGUAUUUUCUGGUCGAACUGCCGGUAUGAUACAAUAUUUCAAUCCUUGUAAAAAACACACGCGCAGAUGGCUAAAACAAUUAGCUUAUAGAUAAAAAACAAUUAGAUAGUAGAAUUUAAUGGUUACCUCCGAAACAAGGCAUAAUUAUACUUAUAGGCAUGAGCAUGAAGUUGUAUAUGGAGAGCAACAUGUCACCCCAUAGUGCACAUAUGUUACCUAUCUAAAAUAGUUCGGAUUUUACUCAUAUCAAUACAAGAAUUGUGUAGAAUAUCAAUAGUCAAAACCAUACCUAUACCCAAUCGAAUUUUGGAUAUCCAGCUAUCAACCGCAAUAUUCAGAUUCGGGUUUUACCAAUAUCCAUUGUCAUGAAUUCGAGUUUCGGUUUUACCCUACCAGAUUAGGUCGGAUUCAGACUAAUAUCCACGAAUACGGUUAUCUUCACCAUCUCUAAAGUUGUCUUUUGACAUUUAGAUUACAAAAUAGACGCAUAAUUCGUAGUUAGUGAAUGAAUACCAUGACAAGUA